AUGGAUGAAGAAUUGAACCAAUUGUUGACGGAUGUCGCCUCUUCGACCGGGCGUACAUCGGGCAGUGCGGCGACAUCAGGCACACUGAAGAAUGAAGACUUUCGACAACUUUUAUCUCGUAAAUCGACAACGAACCAGUCCAGUGUCAGCACUAGCACCAAAGAGAACAGUAACAGUAAUGCUCAAUCACAGGCAACACAUUCAUUCAGUCAUCGACAAGCAAAUGAGUCGAAAAGAAAUUCCACUUCAACAAACAAACUGAAGAAACAAAAGGAACGAAAUGAGGAGGAUGAGGACGAUGAAGAUUAUGGUUCGAAUUUGAAUGAAAUCUUGAAGAAAUAUCGUGAUCGAGCAGAAGAACGUCGUAAAGGUUUGGGUAAAGAGGAUACAGAUGAUCUGCAAACAACAAAUGCCUAUAGGGCUGUACCGAGCGAUAUACGUGCUACGGCAGAUGCUGCACAACGAAGAAAACAAGCCAUUCAAGAGAGUAAAUAUUUGGGCGGUGAUAUGGAACAUACUCACUUGGUGAAAGGUCUUGAUUAUUCACUGUUGCAUAAAGUACGGUCCGAAAUUGCGUUACGAGAACAGAAAGGAGACGACGAUAUAGAGAGUGCAUAUAAUAGAGAAAGUCAGGUCGAAGAAGUGCAGUCAGAUAAUCGAAUGGUUCGAAAUAUACUCCGUAAUCUUUUUCAGAAUGACUUUCCACAGACCAAUGAUAUGUUCAGAAAAGGUCGAAUGGCGUAUGUGGUCGAAUUGGAGGAUGAAGAAUAUGACUUACCAACAACACGACUUCGUUCGAUUCACGAUUGUCCACUCACAGAGAGCAGUCAUGAUCUGAAUACGAGCAAUUUGCUUAUACAGAAGUUAACGCAAGUUUUGUCAUAUUUGCGUAACGAUACAAUAAAAAGGAAGAGGAAAGCAGAUACUGCGGGUGGUGGAGGGAAUGCGUUGAAUGACGAACAACGAAGCAAAUUUUCACAGCAACCGAUAUUUAACGACGAUGAGAUUGAACACUCGAAAAAAGACAGAGAUCGGGAUAGGGACAGAGAACGAGAUCGUGGUAAAGACAAAGAUCGACGACGCUCGAAACCCUCUUCAAGCGAAAUAAUUUGUUGUGUUGUAACAUUUGAUUUGAGAUAUUUCGACGGUGUGAGCAGCAGUGGUCGUGACACAGAACGAGAGCGCGAUCGAGAUCGAGGUAGAGACAGGGACCGAGGCGAUGGCGAUCGUAAUCGUAGUGAUAAGGAUAAAGCGGAUCGUGCAGAUAAGCGAUCGAUAAGCAGCAAAGAUGAUGAAAAGCAGCGUGGCAAAGGCAAAGAAGAGAUUGUCAAGGUUGCGGAGAGUGCAUUGAGCAGCACUAAGAAAUCGAAGAUUGCAUCAGAAACCGAAGGUUAUGCAGAAUGCUAUCCCGGUGGCAUUGAAAUGUACGAAGCAGCUGGUGAAAGUGACGAUGAAGCGGAUUACUCAAAAAUGGAUAUGGGUAACCGACGAGGACCGGUUAAACGGUGGGAUUUCGAUGAUCACGAAGAAUACGAAAAAUAUAUGGAAUCGAGAGAAGCUAUGCCAAAAGCAGCUUAUCAGUUCGGUGUUAAGACAAACGAUGGUAGAAAGACGAGGAAAAGUGCUGUGGAUAAGGAGAAACACAAAUUGGAUCGUGAAUUCUCGGAAAUUACGAAAAUACUCGAAAAGAGGAAAUUUGAAGGACGAAGUGAAGUUGCAAAAAAGAUCAAAUACUAA